AGCUAACACAAUCUGACUAUGCAAGGAUCAGGAUGGCGUGGAUCCUUCUUUUCCUUCACAGCUUAACCUACUUAUUAGCCGCCACCAUGGCCGUACGGUAUGCGUAUGCAUGGGCCAUUGUUUCGCGAAUGACUUUUCAGUCACAGUGCAAGCGAAGCGCGGAACAUCGAAGCAGCCCGGCAAUACAACCUUCAUCAUGGUCCAUGGUUACAACUCACUAUACUGACCGAGUAAGACCCCCGUUGCCCUCUUCUCGUCAUAGUGGCGACCUAACUAAUAUCGUUAGCAGGCAGUCCUCUUGGGAUUUCUCCUCUCAAACUACCGGUACCACCACUGCUCACCCACACAAAGCAGUUAAUUGCUUCGAUUAUCAAAGACCAUAAGAAAAAAUGACGACGAACAAAGUACUGGUAUCUGCGAUCAUUGGGUUGGUGAUGUUUAUGGUUGGUUGGGACAUGAUGGAAGAACGUACCAUGAAGGCUCUGGAUUUUGCAGGGGUCCAAGAUCGCAAGAUUACGGUACGCAAUGGGACCAUUGUUCACGAAGGACAAAAUUAUUCUAGUAUUAGUGCCAAUACUACUAGUUCUGCCAAUCACAAGAGCAACCGAUCCGAGAUAUUGCGGCAGGCGGCACUGGAGGUGGAGAGAUUAGAAGCCGACAAACUGCUCACGAAAGACAUGGCCAAUUUCACAGACGAAGAUAAGGAAUUUCUGGGAAUAAUACCUUCCUCAAGUACUUCAUCAACAAAUGAAACCACAGAAUCCACAGAAACAGAAACAACAUCAGAUUCUUCACCCAACAGCACCACCACAGAGUCACUUCCAGUACUGACAAAUGAAGCAGAACCAGAAAAGCCUGUGGAAGAAACUUCCAAUACUGACAAAACAACCACGGAAGAACAACAAUCAACAUCAUCACUGCCACCACCUUCACUACCAAGGGGCAAUAUGACGGACAAUGGGCAGUACAACCACAGUCUCACUUUGGAAGAUUACUAUCAAUUUGCCGAACCCGGUCCUCCUAGUAAACAAUGGCUACAAGACUGUGCCGCCACACUCGGCAAGGAUAAAUCCAUUGUCAAGGAAUUCCCCACGCUCCUGGGAGAAUACGCCCUGGGAGAUUGCAUCAAGGCGUGCAACAAAUGCAACUUGGGACUGCCAGGGAAACAAAAAAAGAUUUUUGCGCCCGAUAUGAAACACCACAAAAACUACAAUCUCACCAUUGCCGGAUAUUACAGUGAACUGGCAUGUCCCCACAAAAUCAAAAACUUUACCAUUCUCAAUCAAGUCCUCGAAAUUUUUGGACAACGAGAUGGAUUUGUCAAACCAGAUCCCACGGAUGUGGUCAUGCAUUUGCGAUUGGGCGAUGUCCUGGAUUAUUCCCCACAAGAUGUCGUCACCAUGCUGACACGGGGAGGACAAGGAUUUCAUCCUCAAGCACGCAAAAAGAAACUCAAAACCAUCUUUAGUGUCUACGACUAUUACAAUCUACUCCACGAAAAGCAUCCCGGAUCCAAAUUGAUUAUCAUUGGUGGAUCGCACAAACCUUGGAUUUUUGAAAAGAGUCGCACGUAUGCCAAUUGUUUGCAACGAGGAUUGGCACGUGCCGGUAUUCAAGUGGACAUGCAAUUGGACAAUGGAGAUGCCGACAAGGACUUUUAUUUCAUGAGUUUUGCCCAGUAUUUCAUGAUUUCCACGGGUGGAUUUUCACGGUUCAUUGAACAAAUGAUCAAACUGCACGGGGGUUGGUCCGUGGGGUAUCCAUUAGACACCAAAUUCAAGUAGGUAGUACUGGAGGAUCCGUUUUCGUACGAAACACGUAAUAGCGUAACUGUUACGAGCUAGCUAGCUAGCUAGGGCAAUCAAUCUACCCACACCUCUUUGCCUUUUUGCCUUGGCUUGUUUCUCUUCAGCAAAUAACGAAUAGCUGGGUUCACCGGA